UCGAAGUCGACUUGACAUUUGGAAAUAAAAAUAUUCGAAUAACAUUCUGUGGCUUGUUAAGGAAUUAGUUUGAUAUAUUGGUUCAAUCGGGGCUAUCGCAUAGAAAUAUGACCACAACCAGAGCGGUUCACCAAUGUUUAUUUUGUCCGCAAACAUUUGGCUGUGCCGCUGAAAAAGAUGACCACGUUCUGGAGCAUUUUGCUCAAGAGACUUGCGCGGAAUGCAAUCAAAACUUGAUACGAAUCGGUUCCAAUUUGUAUACGAGCAAGCAGUUCUUCUAAAUGAGCAGAAGGAAGAACGUAUUGUUAUUCAUUCUGUUGUCUCCGGAGCAAUUGUUAGGGAUGAAAUGCAAGUCAAAGCGAAAGUCGAAACUGAAGGUUAUUCAGAAGAGUUACAAAAUCAGACAAAAACCACGAAAAAUUUGACCACUAUCACCGCAGCAACCAAUGAUCAAAAUGAUAACAGCCAAACAAUGAAGGAUGACUUUACCUUCGAUUCCAUCUAUUCUGAUGAAUUCAACUCGGAAACAGAGUCAUUUACAGAAGAUAAAGAGCAAGAUUUUGUUACAAACUUAGAUGAGUCAAAGAAAGACGAAAAAAAUUCCAAAUCCAUUCAAUCCAAUCGCAUUGAAUCAGUUGACACCAUGGCAGUUCAAAUGGAAGAAUGUAGAGUACAUCUCAACAAGAUGCCACGAAUUCAUUCUUGUGAAUACUGCACAAAGAUAUUCACAACCGAGGAUAAGCUAACAAAUCACCGGUCAGAAUGUUUCGUGAAAAAUGAAGUAGGUCAUUCCGAGAGCCCCAUUGAACAGCCAAAUCAAUUGCAAAAAAAGAAGGCGCAAUCCAAAUAUUUGUGUGAAAAAUGUGAUAAAUUCUACGCAUCCGCCGCUUCACUUUACAAACAUAAAACAACGAAACAUAGUACACCUGGAACACAUGUAUGCCUUACAUGCUCCACAGUGUGCAGGACUGAAGACGAAUUGACGAAACACCGUACCGCCUGUCGAUUGAAAAGGAGAAAUAGACUCAAACACUCAAUAGAUGCUAAUGCAACGUUUGAGUGUUACUUAUGCAAAAUAUCAUCUAAAUCGAUAUCAUCCCUUUUUGGGCACAUGCGAUGGAAACACACGAUGGAUAAUGUCAAAUAUAAAUGUAACAUCUGUGGAAUGGCAUUUUUCUCCAAACAUUUGCAGGAGGUACAUAUGAAACGUCACACUCAACCGGUGAACGAUCGAAAAAUUAUGUGCAGCAUUUGUGGAAUAUAUGUGAAAAAGCAGUAG